AUGGGGUCCAAUCAAUAUCUCGGCCGCGCAGCAGACACAAGUUCAGCAGGACCCCUCGUCUUUGCCCUCACCCUCUUCCAAGCUUUAACAACAGGUAGCUGCCCCUUCCUCCUUGACUUUAACGGAGGGAUCCAAUACCGGUUUCGGUCCCAGCUCCAAAUCAGCAAGCUCAAGACCCACGCUACCCUCGAGGACAUCGAGGUCCAACUCCACAUAAUGCUCGGCAUGAUCAACAAUAUGUCUCGAAACAUCCGACGAGAAGUCAUCACGCGCCAUGAGGAGGUCAGGGAUUUGUUAAUCCGCAAUCGCAACGGCAAUUGCGAUGAAAAUGAGGACAACAACAACAACAACAACAACAACAACAACAACAACAACAACAACAACAACAACAACAACAACAACAACAACAACAACAACAACAACAACAACAACCACAACAACCACAACGACAAAGGGAAGGGCACUGACAACGGAAAUGGCAGUGGCCAUAGAGACGGUUUCCACCAUGGUUUGCCGCCUUCAGCAUCACCUGGUCCUGGAUCCUUACACCCGAGUCCUCGUAUUCCCGAUGAAGUACGCGCAACUGACGCCAUGAUGCAUCCAGGAAUAUCACCAAAGUAG